AUGGCUACGGCACCGUUGAAUAACCGCUUCGAUGCCUGGUUAUCUGAAAAGUUGUUGAGCUUCAAUCCUGAUACUGACCUUGACAUUUUUGUUUCCUACAUAACCGGCAUUCUUGAGACAGAAACUGUUGAAGACGAAAAAAUUAAUUCACUAUCUGAAUUGCUGUCCGAACUGCUAGUCGACCACACAAGUGACGCUGUAAAGUUGAGGGCUUCCCAGAAGGCAGAAAAAGAUGUCCUUAAAGAUGUUAUCAUAGCUCAGUACUCACAUAUUUCAGAUGGAGAAGAAUCCGAUGAAGAUUCAACGGAAACUGGCAAUAAUGCACUGGCCUCGAAGCAGUCUCCCAACAAACACACUUCAUCCACUGCCUCUACCACUGCUCAUAAUCAAGAUGAUUUGUUAACUAGAAACGUCAACAGUGUUCUGGUUAAAGAACGAGAGAGACAGGCCAGAGACCAGGCAAAACUCGAUUCUGAGAUGAAAAAACAAAAGGACAAAGAGGACAGAGAAAAACAAAAGCAGAAGGCCACUGACAGGAAGGAAAACGAAAAGAAAAGAACGCAAAAAGGAGAGAAAAAACGAUAG